AUGACCACUCCACCAAAUAUCCUCCGGCAUCUCCACCUCCCCGGCACAACCCCCUUUAAAUCCGCUCAAGCCCUACAAACCCACCUAACAUCCAGCCUCCUUGCCGCCAAAGCCACAUCUACAUCCACCUCGACCUCGCCCUCCAUCACCGCGCCCCCACCAACCCUCCUUACCUUCACCCCAACCCCCGUCUAUACCUUCGGCCGCCGCUCCCCCCAAGCAGACCUCCAGCCCCGCGACCUUGCCCACCUGAGCUCCCCGCUCUUCCCCGACCCAGCGGACCCCCGUGUCCCCCGUCAAUACGCCCAGCUAAUCGACACCUCGCGCGGCGGGCUCACAACAUUCCACGGGCCAGGCCAACUAGUGAUAUACCCCGUGCUGGACCUGAAGUCAAUCCGCUCACCCAAGUACCCCAAGGGUCUAGGAGUACGGGAAUAUGUAUGCCUGCUCGAGCACAGCACCAUCGCGGUGCUUGCAAAAUGGGACAUCCAAGCAAAACGCACCGCAAAUCCAGGGGUCUGGGUCGAGUCGUCCUCGUGGGAGGAUAAGAAGAUUGCGGCGCUGGGCGUGCACUUACGGAGGAAUGUUAGUAGUUAUGGGGUGGGGCUGAAUGUGUAUACGGAUCUCAGGUGGUUUGAACGGAUUACGGCGUGUGGGCUGGAGGGGUUAGGGGUGACGAGUAUGAAGGAGGUGGGGUGGGACUGGUUUCGGUUGGGGAUUAGGAAGGGGAAGGGGAGGAAGGAACAGUAUUUGAGGAUGUUAAGUAGGCAGUGGGCGGCGGAGUUUGCGAAGGGGUUGUGGGGAGAAGGAGGGGAGAAUGGGGUGCAGAAGAUUAAGUUGUUGGAUUUGGGGAUUGAUGAGAGUGUAUUGGAAAGGGAGGAAGAAGAAGAGGCGGUUGAUGAAUGUGAUAUGUUCAAGUGA